UGCAAACAUAACAAUUAUCUCAUACACCCAUAUUCAGUUGAAAUCAACUCAAAUCUCAGAGAAAAUGGCUGUUUAUCUAUGCUUCUUGUUCUUCUUCCUUCUGUUUUCAUCUGUUAAUGCUGCUUGUAAUCAAUGUGUCCAAGCUAAAGCUACGUUCUUUCGCAACUCUGAAGCUCUUUCAUAUGGAGCAUGUGGGUAUGGUCCUAUAGCUCUAAACUUGAAUGCUGGACAUGUUGCUGCCGCUCUUCCUUCUAUUUACAAAGAUGGUGAAGGUUGUGGUUCUUGCUUUCAGAUAAGAUGCAAUAAAACUGGUGUUUGCAAAGGAACAGGAACGACUUUUGUAGUGACUGAUAGCCAAACUGAUGAUCAGAACAUCACCACAGAUUUUGUGCUAAGUAAUAGAGCUUUUAGAGCCAUGGCCUUACCUGGCAUGGACAAACAACUCUUACACCUUGGCAUUGCCGACGUCGAAUAUAAAAGGGUACCCUGUGUUUACAAACAUCAAAACUUGGCUAUUCGAGUGGAAGAAUUCAGCAAACCUCCAAACUAUUUAGCCAUCAAAGUCCUCUACCAAGGUGGCCAAACUUCCAUCUUGGGAGGUGAUGUAGCUAGGGAUGAUGAAAGCGUGUGGGCUUUCUUAAGCCGAAAGUAUGGUGCAGUUUGGGACACAGACAGUGCUCCAACCGGGAAUCUGACGUUCAGGUUCAUCAUAAACUCAGGCUUUAAUCCUCGAUACUUCUACACCAAUCAAGGAGUGUUGCCUGCAAAUUGGAAGGCUGGUGUCAUAUAUAACUCCACUGUACAGAUCACUGACGUCGCUUUGGAUGUGUGUGGUCGUAACUGUAAACCAUGGAAAUAGAAAUUAGACAGUAUUCUGUGUUUUCUGUGGUGUCAUAAUUGUGUGGAAUAUUAGUGUACUGAUGUUAAAAAUUGCCGUAGGAAGAAAGCUUGAGCUUCAUGUCAUAUGCUUGUUAUUAAUCUUAUAUGAUGAGAAAUUAUAAAGUGUUCGAUUUCAA